CCUGGGACUCCGGGAUCGCGCCGGUACCUAGACCUGUGCACGGCUGCGGGCUUUACUCGGUGCAGAGACCAGGCCCCGCGCUGCAGGCGGGGAAACUGAGGCCCGGGCGGCUGGGGCGGAGCUGGGCCCCGGGUGAGCCCGAGCCCCCGCCCCCGGCCGGCCCCGCCCCGUCCCGUAAGAGGCCCCUUGGGCGCCUGGCGAAAGCGCACAGCGCUGCGCGGAGGCCGGGGCCAGGACGGCGAUGGCAGCUCAGCGGCUGGGCAAGCGGGUGCUGAGCAAGCUGCAGUCCCCGUCGCGUGCCCGCGGGCCAGGGGGAAGCCCCGGGGGGCUGCAGAAACGACACGCGCGUGUCACCGUCAAGUAUGACCGGCGGGAGCUGCAGCGGCGGCUGGACGUGGAGAAGUGGAUCGACGGGCGCUUGGAGGAGCUGUACCGCGGCAGGGUGAGGCAGGGAGGGGAGGCCGACAUGCCAGACGAGGUCAACAUUGAUGAAUUGUUGGAAUUAGAGAGUGAGGAGGAGAGAAGCCGGAAAGUCCAGGGACUCCUGAAGUCGUGCAAGAGCCCCACAGAGGACUUCGUCCAGGAGCUGCUGGCGAAGCUUCGAGGCCUCCACAAGCAGCCAGGUCUCCGCCAGCCCAGCCCUUCCGGCGACAGCAGCCUGAGCCCCCUCCAGGACCCUGCCCGGACCGUGCCACCCUGACCUUCUCGCCUCUGUGCCCCCCUCCCUUCCCCCCUCCCCUCCUGGCUUGUUUAUAAGUUGUAUGUAAUGGUUCUGUAAUGACA